CGCGCCGCGGUUUCGAAAUGGAAGGCCCACGUGUAUUUUAUCACGUGCGGUGAUUGGUCCGUCGCAGGCAGCCGACCUUUUUCUUUCCCGACCUCCAUCUUUCGCUGUGCGUCGCCGGCGCCAGCGCUCUCCCGGCUUUCUCUGACUUCCCGGCCUCGGCGCGGUGCUCGACAGCCAUGACGACUCCACACGUUAUCGCCUCCUCGUCCGGCCAUCCCACACAGUCCUCCACGACCUCCAAUGGCGUCGUCGGCAACCAGUACAGAGUCGGCAAGAAGAUCGGCGAGGGCUCGUUUGGUGUCGUCUUUGAGGGCGCCAAACUAGUCUCCAACACGCCGGUAGCCAUCAAGUUUGAACCCCGCAAGUCGGAUGCCCCGCAACUUCGGGACGAAUUCCGCUCGUACAGGACAUUGCACGGCACUCCUGGCGUACCUCAGGUACACUACUUCGGCCAGGAGGGCCUGCACAACGUCCUUGUUAUCGAUCUCCUCGGACCCAACCUCGAGGACCUCUUCGAUAUGUGCGGCCGGAAGUUCAGCAUAAAGACCGUCUGCAUGGCCGCCAAGCAGAUGGUCACCCGCGUGCAGUCCAUCCACGAGAAGUCCUUGAUCUACCGUGACAUCAAGCCGGACAACUUCUUGAUCGGUGUACCGAACACCAAGACCGCUAAUACCAUCCACAUCAUCGACUUCGGUAUGGCGAAGCACUACCGCGACCCGAAGACGAAGGUGCAUAUACCGUACAGGGAGCGUAAAUCGCUUUCUGGCACCGCGCGUUACAUGUCCAUCAACACGCACUUGGGACGCGAGCAGUCGCGCCGCGACGACUUGGAGUCCCUUGGCCACGUCUUCAUGUACUUCCUGCGCGGCGGGCUGCCAUGGCAGGGUCUUCGCGCCGCGACCAACAAACAGAAGUACGAGAAGAUCGGGGAGAAGAAACAGACAACACCUAUACAGGAACUAUGCGAGGGCUUCCCGGAGGAGUUUGCUAUAUAUAUGAACUAUGUUCGCAAGCUUGGCUUCGAGGAGACUCCUGACUACGACUUCCUGCGUGAGCUCUUCACCAAGGUCCUUCAGACCUUGAAUGAGCCGGAGGACGGUGUGUUUGACUGGAUGCUCUUGAAUGGCGGUAGAGGAUGGGAGGCUAGCACCGCUGCUAGUGCCCACGCCAACGCCUCUUCGCCACAUGCUCCCAGAGAGCAUCGCAGGCACCGCGAGCACAGGGAACACCGCGAGCGCGAACACCGCAGCUCCCGUGCGCAGGGUCAGGACGGCUCUUCACCCUUGGUGCUCAGCCCGACGCCGGCGCACGUUCGCCCCAGCCAGCGUCGGCCAAACACCGGCGAGCGCAGUUCGCCACGGGAUAUCAGCAGCGUGCAGCCGCUCGCGCCCAACAGCCGCCGUGCGAGCCACCGCGAUACGAACUCGAACCUUGUCACGCCGCACCCGUACGCAACGGCGCCGAGCCCGACACCGUAUCGCACAAGCACGAGUGGCGCGCUGGGGCGGCAGUCAUCGGCGCUCGCGAUGCCCAGCGACGGGCAGAUCGAUGGCUCGGCGUCAAGGGAGGGUACUGCGAAUGGCACCGGCCCGCGCGAGGUGGCGGGCAGCCGGGGCAUGGGCGUAUACGACCGCGACAUGAGACGGCUCAACGAGGACGAGGACGGCGGGCACGGGGGCCGCAAAGGCUUCUGGGCGUCGCUCUGCUGCAAGGCAUAGUCGACUGCGGGGCAGUGAUGCCGUACCUUCUGGGUAGGUGGUCAUUGUCCUUCGUCGUCGUCUUGUCAGCUGGCUGACCGGCGCCCGCGCAGAUUGAUAUCCCCCACCUACCUGAUCGUAUUUAAGCGCCACUUUUAAUCACUCCGACCUUGGUUUCGUCCUGCAUUGUUUUUGGUUCACGGUCC